CACUCGGGGGAACAGCUGCUAACGGCAGCCGUUAGCUGGACUGAUAACACGGUUAUUUUGUCGACACUGGUUUUAUUUCAUUGUGAAAAUGAGUCGGAUGACACGACUGCUGAAAGGUGUUCAGCAGGAACUCAAGAACAGGAGUCAGAAACCUGCAGAGGAUCCUGUACAGUCUCCAGAAAGUCUGGAUGUGUCUUUAAUAGAGAAGGCCAGUUUCCUUCAAGGAGAACAAUAUUCUUCUCAUGGUAAUCCCUUGCACAGCACUGCUUUAGAAGAUGAAUGGAGCACUGAACCAGACAGUCAUCCAAAGGACACUGCAAGGAGAAAGGCAGGUAAAGAAAGAGUGCAGGAGAAAGCCCAGGAUGUCGCAGGGACUCCAAAGAGACCUGAACGUGUUGAAAAAGUUCAGGCCAAAACAAAACAGAAAAGUGAUGUCCGAGCACAGAAGAAGACCUCAGAAUCCAAAAAGAAUCAGAGGCCAACACAGAAGACACAGCAAGGACCAAACUCCCAACCACGGCGUUUGCAGACCAUCUCGGAGAACAGAGAAAAAGAAGGGAGGAGAAGGGCCCAGUCUGAAGUCUUUGAGGAUCCAACCAGUGAGGGUUCAGCAGGCGAUGUGUUACCUGAGGUAGCUCCCGCCAAUAGCCAGCGCCGACCCUCAUUGUCAUCAGAGGAGUUGACUGAUGAAGAUGAGAGUUUUCAUCCAAGCAGUGAGAAACCCAAACCAUCCAGAGUGAGGCUACAGAGGAGAUCGAGGUCAUCCUCUGGUCACCAGCAGAGAGGUCAGAAACAGAAGAGAAAGUCUUCAUCUGGAUCCUCAGACAAUGGAAACCACCGUAAGAGGCAGAAACGUGGAACUAUGAAAAAUCCAAUUGAUCUUGAUGUUGUUCUUGAAGCAUUCCAGGAAUUUAUCACCCAUUACAAGGAGACAGUGAACUCUGAUUCUGUUAAACAAGCCAUAGAUGCAUUCUCUCACUCAUUUGAGGAGCAGCUCACAGAGAUGAUCACAGCAACAAAGGAGUUUAAUGAUGUGAAGCGGAAAGCUGCAAAGAUUAAUAGUACCCUGAACCACAAAAAGACUAGGCUCUUGGAGGCCAAGAAUGAACUAAUUAAAAGUGAAGCUGAUGUGAGGAAACUUCAGAAGGAGCAUGAUGAGCUUGAACAGAGGCUCAAGGCCUUGAGACAGGGCACCACCUUCCUUACUAACCUGAAGGAGCUGAACCAGAGGUACCUAGAGUAUCGCAUUGUUCACCCUGAUGAGCCAGAAACGUAUGGCCCUUCCUGCAUGCCAGCAAUGCUACUGGAGGCCAGGAGCAUCAUGGGAACUGAAAACCAGUUGAAGACCAUCAAUGACAAGCUGCAGCAGGUCUUGGAAGAAAAUGGUCACAAAUAGAAUUGUAUAUGCUUGGUUAAAAUUAAAUAUUACAUGUUUAGUAAUGUAUAUAAAGAAGGUCCUUUUAAUUGUAUUUUAAACAGAUUGCAGGUCUGUGCCCGGUGACCAUCAGCUGAGUUGAGACAGUAAAGACCCCCCAGUGACGUUAAACAAUUCAGCUUGUUUACGAAUAGUUAAAGUUUUUUGUUUUUUUUACCUAAUGCAAACCACAGCAAGACACUAGUAUUCUCACAAGUAAACAUAACUGAACUUUUUAACAUGCUAAAUAAUGUGAUAUUCUACUUCAGUCCACAUUGUACCUAGCAUAGAUGAAGAUGAUCUAGAACUCUGACUGUACUGGUUAAACAUGCUCAAUGCAGCCGACAGAGAUCAUGCCUGUACAGUAUUCUGCCUAUGUUCAAGGAGAAUUCCACCAGUUUUUUAAAAUUUCUUUAUACUGAAAUGGUUAAAAUGUAAAUAUAUUCAUUCAGAAUGGUGUAAUGUGCCAUGCUCUGUUCUAGAGCCAGAAUUGUUCAGUGAUAGGA